AUGUGUUUCGGCAGCCAAGACAAGCACGACGGAGCAUCUGCUCCUCGGCCAACACAAAUGCCCGAGCAAAAGGCAUCGAACAGCUCUUACCCGCCACAUCAACAGGGUCAAUAUCAACAAGCUGCUGGACCUUCGGACGAUUUUGCUGCUCCGCCAGGACCCCCUCCAUCUUCGAAGAAGGCCCAGAAUGAUAACUACGCAGCCCCUCCAGGUCCGCCGCCCUCCAAGCAAGCUUACCCAGGGGAUUAUGCUGCACCGUCGGGUCCGCCACCAUCCAAACAAUCGUACCCAGGAGACUAUGCUGCACCUCCGGGCCCGCCUCCUUCGCAGGACUACGCUCCACCAGCGGGACCUCCGCCGCCUCAGGAUGGCAAGAAGCAGCACGCCUGGGAGGAGGCCGUGCCGGAUACUGCACUGCUACCGCCGCCGCCCAACUUCUUUGGCGCGCAUGAGUACUCUCCCACCAACAACGCUACAGAGGAAGAGGCCGAAGAGGGCGAACGGUGGUGCCAGCGCAAUCCACUCUAUAACCCCUUGCAGCUAGACGGCGCGGCUCUCAAUGCGCUGCAGGUGGGCAACAUUAACCUCUUCACCCCGCCCUCCUUCCAGGGCGUGCUGGCGCAGACGGGCACGGGCGUGUGGAAGGGACACAGCUAUGCCGGAUGCCGCGACACGCACAUUGCCUCGUACCCGCCGCUCUACAGCGUCUCAGCACACAGCCCCCGGGCCACCCAAAAGAAGAAGACCAUUUACUACGAGGUCAAUAUCCUCCAGGAGAGUCGACACGAGAUUAGUCUUGCGCUCGGCUUUGCGGCCCCGCCAUACCCGGCUUUUCGGCUGCCGGGAUGGCAUCGCGGCAGCGUCGGCGUGCACGGCGACGACGGCCGCAAGUACAUCAAUGACCGGUGGGGCGGCAAGGACUUUGCGCAGCCGUUUCGGCGCGGCGAGACCGUGGGCCUAGGCAUGGAGUUGGCGCCCGACGGGGCCGUGGAGAUUUUCCAUACUCGCGACGGCCGCGAGGUCGGAAGGUGGAAUCUUCACGAGGAGCUCGAUGCCCAGACGGACUUGCCUGUGAAUGGGCUCGAGGGUUUCCAUGAUCUCUGUGCUGCUGUGGGUGUCUUUGACAAGGUUAGCUUUGAGAUUGUAUUUGCGCCUCGACAGUGGAAGUGGAAGGGGUACCAAGGUUGA